AUGUUCUUACUGAUUAAUAUUUGUGUUAUUUUAUUUGUGAUAUACUAUUUACUGACCAAAAAGUAUAGUUAUUGGAGAAACAGAAAUGUUUCUCACGAAAAACCAGUGCUUCUUUUGGGAAAUUACGGUGACUUAAUCCUGCAAAAAAAGAAUUUUGGUGAGAUGGCCCAAGCGAUUUGUCAGAAGUUCCCUGGGGAGCCUGUUGUUGGAGCUUUUUUUGGAACAGAACCGGUUCUUAUACCUCAGGACCCUGAAGUCAUCAAAACCAUAUUAACCAAAGAUUUCUACUAUUUUAAUGGAAGAGAAAUAUCAGAGCAUGUUCACAAGGAACUCUUGUCGUACAACUUAUUUGCCACGUAUGGAGACGAAUGGAAAAUAUUGAGACAAAACCUAACUCCAAUUUUUUCUACUGCAAAACUGAAAAGUAUGUUUACUCUAAUUGAGAAAUGUUCAAAAUCUUUUCAAAAUCUACUGGAAGACGAAACGAAAAUAUCGAAAGAGCUAGAAGUAAGAACUUUGAUGCAGAGGUUUACAAUAGAAUGUAUCGGAUCGUGUAUUUUUGGAGUAGAUACUGACACAUUGGGAAAUGAUAAAAUGAAUCCAUUUAAAACAGUAGGCAGCCAGUUGUCAGACUUUUCGAGGUUUGUUUUUGUUAAAGGGAUAGUAAGAGCAAUUUGGCCCACUUUAUUUUACGCCCUUGGAUUUAAAACGUUAACUACUGAAUUAGAUAUUUUCAAAAAACUGGUGAAUGCUGUUUUUACUCAAAGAAAACACAAGCCAACGACCAGAAAUGAUUUUAUUGACUUAAUUUUGACAUGGAAAAAUAACAAUGCCAUUACCGGAGACAGCAUAGGAAGUUUUAAAAAUAGCGAUAAAAUAAAAUUUUCAAUUGAUGUUAAUGACGAUUUACUUUUAGCUCAGUGCUUAGUAUUUUUUGCUGCGGGCUUUGAAACUUCUGCAAUGACGUCGAGUUACACUUUACACGAGCUAGCGAAAAAUCAAAGAGCCUUAAAGAAAGCCUGCGAUGAGGUCGACGCUUAUUUAUUGCGUCACGGUAACAAGAUCAACUACGAUUGUGUCACGGAAUUGCCUUAUCUCGAGGCAUGCAUUGAAGAGACUCUUCGUCUAUAUCCAGUUCUUGGUAUAAUAACUAGAGAAGUGAUGGAAGACUACGUUUUGCUUGAUAAAAUACAUUUAAAGAAAGGAGACCGUAUACAUGUACCGGUAUUUCAUCUGCAUCAUAAUCCUGAACAUUUUCCGAACCCGGAAGAGUAUCGACCGGAGCGAUUUUAUGGUGAAGAAAAACGUAAGGUGAAGCCGUAUACCUAUUUACCAUUUGGUGAAGGCCCACGAAUUUGCAUUGGGAUGAGAUUUGCAAAAAUGCAGUCUAUAGCAGGCUUGAUAACGAUUUUGAAGAAAUUCAGGCUGGAACUACCCGAAGGUGCACCUACUAAGAUUGAGUUCAAGCCUGAAGCCUUUGUGACUACACCUAAAGAUCUAAUCAAAAUCAAAUUUUUGGAACGUGAAGGAUGGCGGCAAAGAGUUUUUGUUUAA